AUGGAUGUGAUUAGUAAAGAGAUCAGGAAUGAAGAGCUGUGGGAGUUGUUGUACGUCGAGGACCUGGUGAUUACUGCUGAAAAUGAGGAGGACCAAGAGGGAGGAUGUGAGGCUGAAGUUGACAGUAGUGUAAAAGCUGCAUGGGGGAAGUGGAGAGAGGUAGCUGGAAUAGUAAGUGAUAAGGAAGCGCCAAUCAAGUUAAAAGUCAAAAUCUAUAGCACAGUGAUAAGGAUUGGAAACAUGGCCUCUAAGAAGUUUGAGAGAACAGAGAUGAGAAUGCUGAGGUGGAUUAUGGGAAUAUUGCUGCUUGAGAGAUUGAAAAAUGAUGAAAUCCGAAGAAAGACAGGCUUAGUAAGAUUACAGAAGUGA